UCCGUCCCCUUCCGGGUCUGAACGACUUCAUUGAAUUGAGUACAGAUCCAAUGGGCGCAGUACAGUUACAGCGAAAGAGUUUAAUCUAGAUAAAAGACGAAAGGAGCAUCUGGGGGAAAGCGUCUCCAAAACCAACCAGAGGGCAGUACUUUGGAAAAUAUUAGCAGGGAUGUCUCACAUUAGUGUUGAGGCUGAUGCUGGCGAGACCCAGGCAGAUGACCCUCGAGUGGAUAACGAGGCAACUAUAAGUGAUAACGAGGAAACCGUUAACUAUAACGAGGAAACGCUAACCGAUAAAAAGGAAAUGCAGAACAUUAACGAGGAAGCACUUAAUUAUAACGAGGAUGGUCAAAUCAGUAACGAUGGUGCUCUAACGGAUGCUGGAGAUGUUGAAAAAGAAUAUGAAGAUGUUCAGAUCCAUGAUGAGGAUGAUAACGAGAUCCAUAACGAGGAGGCUCUAAAAAAUGACGGGGAAGAUGCUGUGAAGGGCAUUGUCCAUACUCCUAAAGGAGAGGGUCAGACUCAAAUGGAUUCUGAAGAUGCAGAGGCUGAAAGAAAGAGCGAGAUGGCUGAAGAUUCUCCCCGGAGCGCGGCUGCCGAAAUCCCCGUGACCAGCAACGGAGACUCGGAGGAGAGCCUCGGAGACGUCUUCCAGAGCGACCCUUCUCUCAGUGGCGGAGUGGGUCUGUCCGACACACACAUCACGUCCAGCAACUACGGCUCGACCACGGAGGGAAUCAUCGAGGCGGGCCCUUAUAAAGGAUCCACAAGCGAGCCCACAUCACCCGCAGUGUUACCCAGCCCCACUGCUGCAGGCAGGCUGGCCCGCUCGGUCAGCGAUAGCCGAACCGAGACAGGCAGGAUGAAGACGCAGGCCAAGGGCGGGGCCCUGGUCCUGGCGGACGACAUGAAGAACCCCGCCAUGGAGAAGCUGGAGCUGGUGAGGAAGUGGAGCAUCAACACGUACAAGUGCACCAGGCAGAUCCUGUCGGAGAAGCUGGGGCGAGGUUCUCGCACGGUGGACCUGGAGCUGGAGGCCCAGAUCGAGAUCCUGAGGGACAACAAGCGCAAGUACGAGCACGUGGUGAAACUGGCCCAGACGCUGGCCAACCAGCUCUUCCAGAUGAUCCAGACGCAGAGGCAGCUGGGAGACGCCUUCGCCGACCUCAGCCUCAAAUCGCUGGAGCUCCACGAGGAGUUUGGCUUUAAUGCUGAUACCCAAAAACUCUUGUCGAAGAACGGGGAGACGCUGCUAGGAGCCAUUAACUUCUUCAUUGCCAGCGUGAACACUCUGGUGGACAAAACCAUCGAAGACACCAUGGUCAACAUCAAACACUAUGAGAACGCCAGGAUUGAGUAUGACGCGUACCGUACAGACCUGGAGGAGCUGAACCUAGGGCCACGGGACGCCAACACGGUCCCCAAGAUCGAGGCGUCCCAGCAGCUGUUCCAGAUCCACAGAGAGAAGUACGAGAAGAUGCGCAACGACGUGGCCGUCAAACUCAAGUUCCUGGAGGAGAACAAGGUGAAGGUGCUGCACAAUCAGCUGAUCCUCUUCCACAACGCCAUCGCUGCGUACUACGCUGGGAACCAGCAGCAGCUGGAGCAAACGCUCAAACAGUUUCACAUCAAGUUGAAGCUGCCUGGGGGAGACAGGCCGUCCUGGCUGGAAGAGCAGCACUAAAGCCCAGCCGACCAGACCCACGCACCACCACAGGGCCCCCGAGGCCUGGGGCCCGCUCCCAGGGCCUGACCGGACGGCCCUCAUCGACCGCACUCCUUCUGUCAGACGCAAACACACAGACCCGACCCCCCGUCCCCCCCCCCGUCCCACACCCAGCUGGAGUCUCCAACCAGCCAAGUCGGGCCGGGGAAAUAAAACACAAAAAAGAAAUAUUUAUAUAGCGUACCUGAUUUUCUCUGAGCUCAAAGUUGCAUUUUAUACUGUGCGAUUUCUCUGUCCUUGGGGAGGAGGUGGUGCUGCCCUGUUGUGCAGUGACUGUUUCCCUCCCUCCGCUUAUUUUCCUCCUCUGAAGAAUUGAGCUGCCACAGUUGGCAGAAUUGGAGGAUGUGUGUGUGCUUGCGCGCGUGCGUGUUCGUGCACGGGUGUGCGUGUGCAUGCAUGCGUGUGCCCAGUGGGGCUAUGGUCUGACUAUCCCUGUCAGGUUGGGAGCGUUAAAUCACAGGGAUAAUGCCCAUUGUGCUGUAAUUCAGCUCCUCCGAUGGGACACAACUGUGGCUCUUCAUUCUGCACUCCUCCUAUAUAAAAAUCUUUUGUAAUUCUUUUCAUGGGAUUGGAGGACCAGCCUUAACAUGCAUUUCGAUGUGCCUUUUGAUAUAUAAUAUAUGAUAUAUAUUAUAUAUGUGUGUGUGUGUGUGCGCGCACUUGUGUGCAUUUUCGCUGUCAGAUUCAACAUUCCGUUAAAAGGCAGUGCGAGAGGACCAAAAACUCACAGUUACAUAUAUGCUUACACUCGCACAAGCAAACGCACACACUCCGACGACCAGCAUACACUUUCCAGUUCUACCCAUAGGAGCCUUUUUCAAUAGCAAGCCUGCGUGUAAAACUAUCUCUCUUCAGACUUUUACAUGUAUUCUGACGAAUAGCAAACUUUGUAUGAUAUGUAAACCAAAUGGAGCUGACUUUUGGAAACUUUGUACAGAAAGGACCAGCAUUUCCUACUCGCACUGCUUAAAACCCCCUGUCUUUGAGUUUUUAUCCCUCCCUGUAAGAGUAGUGUGCAAAAAAAACACCUCAACUCCUGAUUUCCCCAUUUUGCCAGUUGUAGGAAUCUUAUUGUAUAAGCAGUAUACAGCCUUGUGUACAUUGACGCUAUGUUUACUGACAGAAUGAUAUGAUAUAUAUAAUUAUAUAAAUUAUAUAUAAAUAAUGCAUUUCCUGUAUUUACCUGGGAUAUGAACACAUUCGCAGUCAUGGGCAUUUUUUCAGCAGAUAUCAGUAGUCCAGUGUGCCUC